AGCAGCUAGAGAUUUCCCUUCGUGGAGAAUACUUUACUACACUUGAAAAGCAUAACAACUACAAGUACAACUAGUUGUACCAAAGACCACUUCAAAAGCAAACAAAAAGCAACCACCUUUUUCAUAAAAACUAAAGAAGCGCUUCCGAGGAGCAAAAAGAAACAGUUUUCGUAGUCUUAUUGUUGUCAACUACUUUCUUAACAAACGAAUAAAGUUGUCGUACGUGGUCGUACUCGUAGUACCAAAAAGCAGUAAAGCAUUCAUCUUCGGUGCUCGCCGUGUUUUUACUAGUGUUGGAACUAUAAAUAUCUACAUCCUACCCUCUCUGUUCCAGAGCUGAGUCUGUGAACAAAUUAUACCAGCAACGCAACGAUGCCGCGCCUGUCGUCUAAGACCAAAAUGUUCACCUCGUCGCUCGCGCUCCUGCUUGCGGGAGAACACGUCGCGGCUUCCGGUGUUGUAAGCCGCAUUCGCGGCUGCUGCCGGAGAAACAGGGGACCUGCUGUACCGGGCUGUGGGGACCAGGAGGAUCCGCUUCUCACUUGUGGUACGAGUGUAUUUCAUCUGUAGUGUCGGUUCAUCUACUCAUCAAUGCCUGCUUGGCUGCUUUUGUUAUGUCAUGUUGUCUCAGCCGCCUCCGGCAAGCUGCCAUGCUGUGCUUUUUUGGGCCGCACUUCUAGUGUUGGUGUUCGCUGCAAUCUUAUUUGAGGGACCUCCGCAUUAUGAUCCUCAUGUUCAGCUUGUCGACUUUUCUACGUAAAUAUGAAAAAAUAAUCAAUCACGGGCUCAGACUCGUCGGACGCGUACGCGGACGACACCGCAAGCGGAGAUGAUCAUCGUGUUAUGUCUCCUGAUGUGACCGAAGUUGUGUAUGGUACCGACUGGGAGGGGAUGCAUGAACACUUCUGCGAGUGGUUCAGUGUCACGUCCGGCAUUACCAGCGAAGAGCUUCAGCAGCAAAACCCAAAUGCCAACCGCGUGGAGAAGAAGGCUGACUGCGUGAAGCGUUUUGGCGCUCAGAUUGAAGAUCAGCUCGUGAUGCGAUUAGAGUUCGUAGAUGACAAGAAGACGGGAUUCGUGUUUGGCGGUGACCUGACUACUCGCGGGAAUGCGGGCAUGCGCUUGGCCAAGAUGCUGGUCGAGUUCAAGACGAAAUAUCCCAAGCGUGUGAUGCUGAUCAUUGGGAAUCGUGACAUCAACCAGAUGUGGCAUGCCGAGUUGGACAAUGUGGAACGUGACAACUAUCUCCCGGGGCCGUGGUAUCACCCGAAUGCGAAGAAGGGAGCCGAGGUGUGGCUGAAUGAGAAGGAAGUGGCGAAGCCGAAUUGCGGGCUCGCAGCCAAGUAUCAAGCUUUCAAAGAUUCUGAAGCUGUGAAAGAUCAGGAGCAAAGUCAACCCUACGCAGCGGCUUGGUUUGGGAACAACACAGGCGCGGGCGGAGAUUUCAAAUUUCGCGGAGAGGAAAUCAAAAUUAUGACAGGAGUCCAGCCGACAGGCCCGGAGGUCGCGAAAUCCUUUCAAGAGCACGUGGACUGCAAAAAGAAGACUGGGAAAAGCGUGAUCCUGUCCGCCCUUGGGUUAGCAAGUUACAUCGGCGUGUUCUGCGACUACCUGAAGGCCGCCCAAUUAGUGCUUGUGCACGGUGGAGUGCUUUACACCCACGGUCAGCCCGUUCUGUGGAAUUCGAACAAGCAGUGGAUUACUUCGAUCGGGUACGUUCCCGUACCGCUGCACAAAGCCUGCACGGCUGAGGGCUGCUCUUGGCUGCGGAAGGUCGACACCCUGUCCGAGUGGGUUGCGGGAGUAAACAACUUCGCGAAGGAUCAAGUUGAAGAGUUCGCCGCCGCCAACGGACAGCCGCUGGAAAGACGCCCGAAAGCGUUCCUGCUUGGCAACGACACUUUCGGGGCCGCUUACCUGCGCCGCCUGGCUAACGAGAAGGCGGGCGCCAGUCUCGGGCUUUACGGCCAACCGUUUAACAUGUACCGUUCCGUUGCCUUCAACGACACCGUGGUCGACUUGCACAUCAACGACACCGUGGUCGACUUACCGUACACAUCAAUCGAUGAAACGACAUAUUACGGUGGCAAGGGGUCCGAGCAUAUUCAGUUUCCGCCCCGUAACGACGGGGAUAAAUGGACCCAAGCGUUGUGGAAGUUGUUGGACGCUGGCGUUGAUGGCGUCCCGGUCACCGCUGCUGUGAUGGGGCACAAACCUGUGGGUUACAUGCCGAUGCCGUACCGCAUUGUGGGCAGCUUGUACGACUUCAUUUUUGUGAUGGCUGAUACCAGCGUUCACGGAUUUCCCUGGACUCCGCGUACCGACACGGCUGCUAUGAUUAAGUUCAUCUCCGCGGAAGGCCAGACACCGGCCGAAGUCAUUCUCGGCGGGGUAGUGGAAAGCCCGAAAGAGCACCUCGACCUCGAGCAACAGGGUGCCGAGCAUACGCUUGGUGGGAACGGCAUGGCCAAGCUCUUGCCCAGUGAAAAGGGCUACGAAGAAAAGGCUGUCUAUGAGGUUGCGGAGUUCAAAGCUCGCCGCGAUUUGGGAGAAUUCUGCCGCCACGUGGGGGCUCGUGGGCUGCCGAGCACAUUUUCCUUCCGGGAGCAGUGCACAGGGGAGCAAGCCCCCGAGGGGUCGGCAGGAAUUUGGACCUACCGUGGCGUGCUUCAGCAACUGGCGGACCGCAUCCGGGCGAGGGGUGCCAAGAUUCGCUAUUUUUCCAAAACGGACGCUGCCAAGUACAACUACAAGAUUGUGUCCCAAUUACUCGUAACCGCAGGAGCCCGAUCGAACUCGCUUCCGCCGGCAUCUUCCCGUCGUGGCCGGGAACAGAGCCAAUCUCCAACGCGAUUUCGCCCCAGCAGGAGCCACAGCGCCCGACGCCGCAGCAGCAGCAGUAGCCGCCGCCGUUAACAGCGCCGAAGUCAUGAGCCACGGCUUCAUUCCUCCGAUAGGGCUGACGAGCACAGCCUUUUCCUUUCUGAAGACUUGCGUAGCAGUUGAACGAUAUGAAGCCACACGCAAGGUAGGUUGAGACACAACCACCAAGUAGACGCAGCGCCGCUCUCGACAAAAUCUAAUUGUAGGAGCGCGCAGAUAUUCUCGACCGUAUUCGUAUCUAACACGUUUUCAUUUUACACGAACCCUGUAGGGUGGGGACAUGUAGCGCUUUGCUUUUUCCUUUCGAUCGGCAGCCGGCCACAGCUCCCGCGAAAUGCGUGAGAGCUUGAACAGGCUGGCUGUCCUGCAUCAUAGGCGUUGACUUCCGGACCGCACACGAUAUUACAGCUAAAUAUUGUGUGCGCGAGGAAGAAGUUCGAAAGAAAAAAAAGUUUUUUUAAAUUUUACUCUCAGGCUCGAUUAUGUGAGCUGAGAGCAUACUUUGCUAGUGAGUGGAGCAGCAUAAUUGGUCCUCGCCACUACACUACUGGGUGGUGUCUACUUGUCCUCCCUCGAGGUCGUAGUCCCACCAUGUUUUGUCAGAAAUGAAUGAGACUUUUUUUGUCCGUCUCAAUCGGGCCUGUUUUGUGAGAAGUGAAUUGUUUUGGUUGAACCUUUACGUUUACGGUUUUAUCAAGAACAUGACUCCUUGUCGUGCGAGCGUUAGCCCUACUUAUUCGAAAGUGUAUGAUUUCAGGAAACAAACUAAUACAGGGCCGCUCCCGCUACAUGAAAGUAAAGGCAACUGCAGGCAAGGCCAAAUGAAGGGAGAGGAUGGGAAACGGUCUUCUUCAAAAUGAAGAAGAUUCUUCUCUGGUCUAUUUUUCUUCAGGAAAGCUUGAUGAAGUAGUUUUGGUAAAAAAAGUGAAACUUUUGCAGGAACAACACGACGGUCGGUCAGAUGCAUCGGACUAGUGUGUGUUGCUUUCCUUUUCACUUCUGCUCUCUAUUAACUUACUACGGGAGGUAGUUUUUGACAAGCACAUUCC